AUGCCUAACCGAAAACCUUUAGAAUUCCACAACAGCAUCAAGUUUACAAGGAAAGACAAUUCCAACUCCAUUCUUGCGUCUACCAUUACCGAUUGUAAUAUUCUCACGAAUAUUGAUGUUGAAGGGUUAUCACAUGAUGUGAUCAAAAAGAGCAAUGUUCUCAAAUUUGAGAUCACUUUAGAGUGCAAGUCCAAAACCUUUGUUUACAAACCCAAUCGAUACUAUUGCUUAAUUGAAUUGUAUGAUCCUAAAAACAAUACUCUAUUAUGUACUCAAGAAGGUAAUUCACUUCUCUCAAAAGAGACCAUGUCCACUCUCUACAAGAUUAAUGAUCAAUGUUAUGGCUCUCAACUCAAAGUGAAUAUCGAGAAGGUGAAUCGAGGGACAAGAGCAAUAUUUAAAAUCUCACUCAUGGAUCGAGAACGUUCGAGCGUUGGUGUAUAUUGUUCGAGUAUUCUAUACGAUGAAAAGAUUGAAAUGAUGAAGAACUCAUCUUGUUGUGGUGGUGGUGAUGAUACAAGUAUAUAUUGUGAUAUUGAAUGGCAAAGUGGUUCCUUUCUCAUUCAAGAUCGAAAUUCUAAAAAGAGAAAACAGAAAUGCAAAGAUGCAAACAAUGGUCAUGACCAUUGUGAAUCCUCGAGUAGUGUCAGUGAGCAAGAUGUAGAGAUGAAUAAUAAUAGUGCUGGUGGUAUUGGUGUUGUUGGUGUUGAUGGUAGUGGUACGAGUGGUGGUACACAUGAGACUCAUCAUUGGUCUUCAUCAUUGUCCUCAGUAAUGCCAAAGAUUAAACAAGAAGAUAAGGAGGAUGAGGAGAAUCGUGUGCAACCUCCACUACUGGAUCAACCAGUGACCAACAAGAAGAAGAAGAAGAAGGACACAUCUAAUACUCCACUCACCAAGAAAAUCAAAACAGAGUCACAAUCAGUGUCCUCACAGAUCAAGACAGAGAAACAGGAUACAUGCAAGGUCAUGGAUCAAGACAUGAGUUUUUUACAUUUAUUAGAUCCUACAACUCAAGAUGGUGAAAAGGUGAAGAGUGUGGACAAUAAUAAGGAGAACAUUCCACUCUCUGAGUGUGACCUCAAUACUCCUCUGAAUGUUGAUCCUAAAGAUCCAUUACUAUUACCCAUGAUGAUGAUGAUGGAUCAAACCAUGCUCGACCAUCACCACCCAAUGAAUAUGUUUCACAUGAUGAUACCACCCUCUUCGUGUUACAACAAUCCUCUCCAUCCAACAUUCAAUGAUCUCAACAUGCACCAUUUGUUCUCAACACCAUUUCCUCAAACAUUGGAAACCACUCCUGCCACUACGAGUAAUCCUAUUAAUACUGGAUUCAACUUGUUGUAUCCCAUACCACCUCCAUUACUGCCCUACAAUGGUUGUGCCUCUACGACUGGAGCAUUACCUUUGUUUCAUUGUAAACCCAUGAGCAACAACAACAACCAAACUCCAAAGAAAAAGAAAACCAUCAAAUCCAGUGGGAACUUCAUUCACAAGCAGCAACAACAUGACUUUGAGAAUCAAUCCAAACACAUACCACCCACAUCAUUGUUAUGUACAUCACCCUUGUCAUCGAAUUUGAUAGAAGAAGAAUAUCAUAUGAAUGAAAAGCAAAACAUUCUCGAUGAAAGUGCAUCAAGUCCAACAGGGAAUAGUUUUCUAGAUUUUUCAUUUAAUGGUGGUGACAGUUGUAGCAGUUUACUUGCUUCAUUGGAUGGAGCACUUACACCUGCAACUUCAACCAAAUUUGAGAUCACCCAGAAUAGUGACAUUGCGAACUCUGGCAGUAUCUUUGAUUUCUCAAUAUAA